ACAUUCAACAAGAAAGAAACAGAUUUGACCUCAAAGAAAUCAGCAUGGUGUACACCGGCACCCCAAAGAUUUUUCUGUACGGCGACAGCUUGACGUAUCACGAGAAAAAAGUGUUACAGUUACACAGUAAAGUGCAAGCCCAGCAUGACAGGCAACCUCUGUCAUGCCAGAAAUGCUUCUGAGGUUCAUUUCAUACGUGUUUUCCCUUAUGGUCUGCGCAUUGCAAGUUUUCCCUCUCAUGCAGAGAAAAUUUGUGUUGCUGAAGGUACAACAAAUGUGUAUCUGUAACACUUUUUUCUUGUGAUAUGACGCAGUACGGGUCUAGUGAGGUUGGCGGGUGGGCGGCCCGCCUCCAAGGCCUUUACAGUCGCCGCGCCGAUGUUGUGAAUCGUGGCUUAUCGGGCUGGAAUAGCCGCUGGGCGCGCGAAUACGUCGAUGGUGUGGUCUCGCGCGACCUCGGUAACGAC